CCCGCGGCGCCCCCUGGCUCUCGGCGCUCGGGGCCAGCGCAGCCCGGGGCGAGCGGGGCGCGGGCUGGGGAGGGGGAGCUGCCCGCGCACUCCAUCCCCCUCCCCCCCGGGCGAGCCGGCGGCCGGGGGGAGGGCGGGCGGCGGCGGCUCGCUGUAUAUAUCUCGGCGCACCCUGCCAGGUCGCGCACAGCGCCCCGAGCCCAGGCGCCUCCCCGCCCCCCUCCCGCGCUCCGCGGCGGCGGCGGCGGCAGCAGUAGCAGCAAUAUGGCUGUUGAUGGGUGUUUGGGGAGGCGCUGGCGGCGGGAGGAGCUCCCCCGAGCCCCUGCGCCGGCUGCCCGUUGCUAGCUAUGGCAAAUGGUGGCGGCGGCGGCGGCGGCAGCAGCGGCGGCGGCGGCGGCGGCGGAGGCAGCAGUCUUAGAAUGAGUAGCAAUAUCCACGCGAACCAUCUCAGCCUAGACGCGUCCUCCUCCUCCUCCUCCUCCUCCUCUUCCUCUUCUUCUUCUUCCUCCUCCUCUUCCUCCUCGUCCUCGGUCCACGAGCCCAAGAUGGAUGCGCUCAUCAUCCCGGUGACCAUGGAGGUGCCGUGCGACAGCCGGGGCCAACGCAUGUGGUGGGCUUUCCUGGCCUCCUCCAUGGUGACUUUCUUCGGGGGCCUCUUCAUCAUCUUGCUCUGGCGGACGCUCAAGUACCUGUGGACCGUGUGCUGCCACUGCGGGGGCAAGACGAAGGAGGCCCAGAAGAUUAACAAUGGCUCCAGCCAGGCGGAUGGCACUCUCAAACCAGUGGAUGAAAAAGAGGAGGCAGUGGCUGCCGAGGUCGGCUGGAUGACCUCCGUGAAGGACUGGGCGGGGGUGAUGAUAUCCGCCCAGACACUGACUGGCAGAGUCCUGGUUGUCUUAGUCUUUGCUCUCAGCAUUGGUGCACUUGUAAUAUACUUCAUAGAUUCGUCAAACCCAAUAGAAUCCUGCCAGAAUUUCUACAAAGAUUUCACAUUACAGAUCGACAUGGCUUUCAACGUGUUCUUCCUUCUCUACUUUGGCUUGCGGUUUAUUGCAGCCAACGAUAAGUUGUGGUUCUGGCUGGAAGUGAACUCUGUAGUGGAUUUCUUCACAGUGCCCCCCGUGUUUGUGUCUGUGUACUUAAACAGAAGUUGGCUUGGUUUGAGAUUUUUAAGAGCUCUGAGACUGAUACAGUUUUCAGAAAUUUUGCAGUUUCUGAAUAUUCUUAAAACAAGUAAUUCCAUCAAGCUGGUGAAUCUGCUCUCCAUAUUUAUCAGCACAUGGCUGACUGCAGCCGGGUUCAUCCAUUUGGUGGAGAAUUCAGGGGACCCAUGGGAAAAUUUCCAAAACAACCAGGCUCUCACCUACUGGGAAUGUGUCUAUUUACUCAUGGUCACAAUGUCCACCGUUGGUUAUGGGGACGUUUAUGCAAAAACCACGCUUGGGCGCCUCUUCAUGGUCUUUUUCAUCCUCGGGGGACUGGCCAUGUUUGCCAGCUACGUCCCUGAAAUCAUAGAGUUAAUAGGAAACCGCAAGAAAUACGGGGGCUCCUAUAGUGCGGUUAGUGGAAGAAAGCACAUUGUGGUCUGCGGACACAUCACUCUGGAGAGUGUUUCCAACUUCCUGAAGGACUUUCUGCACAAGGACCGGGAUGACGUCAAUGUGGAGAUCGUUUUUCUUCACAACAUCUCCCCCAACCUGGAGCUUGAAGCUCUGUUCAAACGACAUUUUACUCAGGUGGAAUUUUAUCAGGGUUCCGUCCUCAAUCCACACGAUCUUGCAAGAGUCAAGAUAGAGUCAGCAGAUGCAUGUCUGAUCCUUGCCAACAAGUACUGCGCUGACCCGGAUGCGGAGGAUGCCUCGAACAUCAUGAGAGUAAUCUCCAUAAAGAACUACCAUCCGAAGAUAAGAAUCAUCACUCAAAUGCUGCAGUAUCACAACAAGGCCCAUCUGCUAAACAUCCCGAGCUGGAAUUGGAAAGAAGGUGAUGAUGCAAUCUGCCUCGCAGAGUUGAAGUUGGGCUUCAUAGCCCAGAGCUGCCUGGCUCAAGGCCUCUCCACCAUGCUUGCCAACCUCUUCUCCAUGAGGUCAUUCAUAAAGAUUGAGGAAGACACGUGGCAGAAAUACUACUUGGAAGGAGUCUCAAAUGAAAUGUACACAGAAUAUCUCUCCAGUGCCUUCGUGGGUCUGUCCUUCCCUACUGUUUGUGAGCUGUGUUUUGUGAAGCUCAAGCUCCUGAUGAUAGCCAUCGAGUACAAGUCUGCCAACCGAGAGAGCCGAAGCCGAAAGCGGUAUGCACUCUUCGUUAACUUUUCUUCCAACCUCCACCCUCUAUCUUCACUCCUAACCACAGGACUAACCAUUUGCCAAGAAUUCAAGAAGAGAGAGAUUAUAUAUAUUAUAUUAAUUAAUCCUGGAAACCAUCUUAAGAUCCAAGAAGGUACUUUAGGAUUUUUCAUCGCAAGUGAUGCCAAAGAAGUUAAAAGGGCAUUUUUUUACUGCAAGGCCUGUCAUGAUGACAUCACAGAUCCCAAAAGAAUAAAAAAAUGUGGCUGCAAACGGCUCAAGGUUGCAGCUAGAUCACGCUAUUCCAAAGACCCAUUUGUGUUCAAGAAGGAAACUCCCAAUUCUCGGCUUGUGACCGAGCCAGUUGAAGAUGAGCAGCCGUCAACGCUAUCACCAAAAAAAAAGCAACGGAAUGGAGGCAUGCGGAACUCACCCAACUCCUCGCCUAAGCUGAUGAGGCAUGACCCCUUGUUAAUUCCUGGCAAUGAUCAGAUUGACAACAUGGACUCCAAUGUGAAGAAGUAUGACUCUACUGGGAUGUUUCACUGGUGUGCGCCCAAGGAGAUAGAGAAAGUCAUCCUGACUCGAAGUGAAGCUGCCAUGACCGUCCUGAGUGGCCAUGUCGUGGUCUGCAUCUUUGGCGAUGUCAGCUCAGCCCUGAUCGGCCUCCGGAACCUGGUGAUGCCGCUCCGUGCCAGCAACUUUCAUUACCACGAGCUUAAGCACAUUGUGUUUGUGGGCUCUAUUGAGUACCUCAAGCGGGAAUGGGAGACACUUCAUAACUUCCCCAAAGUGUCCAUAUUGCCCGGUACGCCAUUAAGUCGGGCUGAUUUAAGGGCUGUCAACAUCAACCUCUGUGACAUGUGCGUUAUCCUGUCAGCCAAUCAGAAUAAUAUUGAUGAUACUUCGCUGCAGGACAAGGAAUGCAUCUUGGCGUCACUCAACAUCAAAUCUAUGCAGUUUGAUGACAGCAUCGGGGUCUUGCAGGCUAAUUCCCAAGGGUUCACACCUCCAGGAAUGGAUAGAUCCUCUCCAGAUAACAGCCCAGUGCACGGGAUGUUACGUCAACCAUCCAUCACAACUGGGGUCAACAUCCCCAUCAUCACUGAACUAGCUAAACCGGGCAAGUUGCCUUUGGUAUCAGUCAAUCAGGAAAAAAACAGUGGGACGCACAUUCUAAUGAUAACUGAACUGGUGAACGAUACUAAUGUUCAGUUUUUGGACCAAGACGAUGAUGAUGACCCCGAUACAGAACUGUACCUCACGCAGCCCUUUGCCUGCGGGACAGCGUUUGCCGUCAGUGUCCUGGACUCGCUCAUGAGUGCGACAUACUUCAAUGACAAUAUCCUCACCCUGAUACGGACCCUGGUGACUGGAGGAGCCACGCCGGAGCUGGAGGCUCUGAUUGCUGAGGAGAACGCCCUUAGAGGUGGCUACAGCACCCCGCAGACACUGGCCAAUAGGGACCGCUGCCGCGUGGCCCAGUUAGCUCUGCUCGAUGGGCCAUUUGCGGACUUAGGGGAUGGUGGUUGUUAUGGUGAUCUGUUCUGCAAAGCUCUGAAAACAUAUAAUAUGCUUUGUUUUGGAAUUUACCGGCUGAGAGAUGCUCACCUCAGCACCCCCAGUCAGUGCACAAAGAGGUAUGUCAUCACCAACCCCCCCUAUGAGUUUGAGCUCGUGCCGACGGACCUGAUCUUCUGCUUAAUGCAGUUUGACCACAACGCCGGCCAGUCCCGGGCCAGCCUGUCCCAUUCCUCCCACUCGUCGCAGUCCUCCAGCAAGAAGAGCUCCUCUGUUCACUCCAUCCCGUCCACGGCAAACCGACAGAACCGGCCCAAGUCCAGGGAGUCCCGGGACAAACAGAAUGCAACAAGGAUGAAUAGAAUGGGCCAAGCAGAAAAGAAAUGGUUUACAGAUGAACCGGAUAAUGCCUAUCCCAGAAACAUUCAAAUCAAGCCCAUGAGUACCCAUAUGGCUAACCAGAUCAACCAAUAUAAAUCCACAAGCAGCUUGAUUCCACCAAUCAGAGAAGUUGAAGAUGAAUGUUGACUCCCAGGAGACCAGAACUAUUUUUUUAAAGCCUGACAAACUUCAUAAAUGGUGAUGUGACUUUUCUUCUUACCUGCUGAAUCACUGGUGGAAACGUUAGUAUAAGCAAGAAUUGCCAGAAAAUAAAGUAGACAGAUCUUUCUCUUUGUCUGCCUUGAAUAUUGCUUCCAUGUAUUUUGGAAAAGAAAAUGAUUUCAUUUAUAAAUGAACAUACUAAAAUAGUCAUGUAUAGCCUCUAGCAUUUUAAAUUAUUUUUAUUUAUUAGAAAGAAAAUAUAUUUUUUUCUUUUCAUUGUCAAAUAUCUUCCCUAUAUCUAAACGAUGCAAAAUCUAAAUGAAUAAGUAAGUGGUCAGACUCCUUAACGCGUUUUUCUCUUCUUUCUCUCUUUUUCCUUGAGGAGAAUGAUGGUCACCACCACAAUUAAUUGUAAUUAAGGGAAAUGAAUUAUUAAAACAAUUUUAAAAUGGCCAAUGAUGUAUACAUGUAUUUUAGUAAAUCCAAAAAAGAAGACUAAGGGGACAGGUGAAUACCUGCUCCUCGCCUGGAUGGGUGUGUAUUUUGAUCUGCAUUGACACCAGCUCUUAAUAAAUGGAAACUUAUUUAUUUUCACAGUUGAAAGUCAUAUUUUUGUAGUUUUAGUUUUCAUUCUGUAGUUCUCACCCCUUUGUUCAUAUUCUUAAAGGGAAGACCUUCUUGCUGCUUUUCUACAAUUGGCAGAUCAGGUUUGUCUGGCCAACUAAGGACACCAGGAGGGUUGUGGGCACGCCUGGGAUGUGGAAGCUGAGGACCAGAUGCACAGAAGGCAUUGCUCUGUUUGCUGUUCUGGUGGUGGGGACUCCUACGUGCUGUUAUGCUUCUCAUUUUAUAUUUCCAAACCACCUGAGCGAGUAAUGUCAACUUCGGGAGGGUCUGGUGGACUUUCUCCCCGCUCCCCAAGUCUCAGAGCUUUUAGCCUGGAAGUUUGUAAAACUGAUCAGUAGUUUUACUUUACCAUAGGAUAUGAGAGGGCAUUCAUUCUUCUCACUGAGUUUUUGUUUAAAAACCAGGAGAUUUCUACAAUCAUGGAGACAGAUUUUAAUUUGCAUGCUCUCCUUUAUUUAGUUGCUGGGGCCAAACACAUGAACUUGUUACAACAAUUUAAAAAAUAAUAAUAACAAAAGGAAAGCAAUGAAUGCACUUCAUAUAGACUGUUAGAAAAGGCCUUUGAAAAUUACCAGCAGUGAAAUCAAAUAUAUCAGCCACUUUAAACUGCGGUCAAAAGAUUUUUCUAGCCAUCAGAUGCAAUUACGAUGUCUCAGAGCUCUGCUGUCGCUUGCAUGCUCGGUGUACAGUCUCCCGGCAACUGUUUUGUUCCAAUCAACUUAGCAAGUCUUUCAACUUUAAAAUUAUCAAUCUUUGAUAUGAUCAUCAAGGUCUCUGGAGAAGCAUGGAUGUAAUAGUGAUUUCUGUUUUCUUAAAAAAUGUAAACUGUGGACACUUAAUGGAGCCAAGCUAACCAAAGUAUCUCCCCGAAGUUUCAUGAUAUCUAGUCCACUAACUCUUUGGGCCAUGAUCUGCGGUACCUACUUAUGGUAGUGCAAAUCAGAUCAGAGCAAAGCAAUGAGAUCAUCAUGAAGACAUAUGUCCACUAAGUACUCCAAUUACCAAUGUAGGCAAAAUGAGCUUCCACCUCUGUCCACUCCCUGCAGAGCCAAUAUAGUCGUGCUUCCACCUCGUAGGCAUUGUCCUGCAGUGACUCGUCGGACUGUGGUUACUCUGUCGUCACAUUUUGUAGAAUUAGUUCUAUAAAAGUAUUGUGAAUACAAUGUAUGUCCAAUUGGAUUGUUUAAAAACUACUUAUAAUUAAUCACUAGCCUACUCAGCAGACUAAAAUGAUGUCAACAGUCUAUAUUCAGGCUUAUAAACAUUUCUUGGUUUCCAACAGAAGUCAAAUGUGUUUGUGGGGAGAACGUUUUGCUGGGAUUUUGACAACUUUCCUGAAAGCUAGGCCUUCUUUUACAUAAUGAUUUUGCAUUGGGGUCACCUUAGUAUAUUUAUGUCAAUCCACGCUCUUUUUUCUGUCGUGAACCAUAGUGGGCUCUUCACUCCUGCGCAUAAUAACCACCUCCAAAUUUGUUAGAGUGAUUUGGUCUCCUCUGGCAGGCUGUGGUGGCCACAUAAAGGAUCUUCCAUUAGAGGGACACAGGACACAAAGCUCCAUUCCCACUACCCUCUUUUCCCUGUGUCACCCCUACCAAGGCAAUCUGGAAGCAGAAAUGCAAACUCCAGCCCCACAAAACAUCCACUGAUGCAUUUGUGGCUAGAGAUUUUAAUCUAAACUUUUCUAAAAAAAAUCAUAAUAGUUAGGAUAGUUUCCUAUAGCAAAGGGCUCCUUGAUUCAUAAGCACCCCCCUAAAAAAAAAACCCAAAUUGGUAGAAAUUCAUUUUUUUUAAGUAAAGCAAUAAGUUCAUACUGUGUUGCCUUUGUAAUAAUGAAUUGUUCUGGACUAGAAAACAAAAUGAGGCAUUUUGUUAAGGAGGUAGGAAAAUGACUGGUUGUUGGGCCCUUUGGCAAAAGCUGGUGCCCGGUAAGUAGAAGCAAAAUGGAAACAGAAAUAACAUUUGUGAAAUCACUGGAGGGCUCAAGCAAAUACCAGAGCUUCUCCCUGGCUUGUUCCUACUCAUUGAGCUCUUUGGCCCUGAGUUCCAUCCAUCUCCACUGCGACAGUCUGUCUUUCUGCCUACAUCCACCGGAGACCAAGAAGGGUCUUUGGUGCAGUCCACAUUAUGAGGCUCUGAUUUCCCAUUCCAGUUUAGGGCUCCAGAAAAGCCAUUCUCUCAAACUAAUGAUUCUUGGGUGCUGUGGGUCACCAACAGGCUGUUUACAAAGUAGGAAAUAUCAUCACCAUCAUAACCUUUCUCCUUGAGAAAACUUUUAUUUUUGUCUGAGCAAUUUUAUAUUUUAGAAUAUCAUCUUGAACCAUUAUAAAACACCUUAAAUAAAAGUGAUUGUGACUAAGGCACGUUGGAGACCAUUCCAAAACUCUUUCCUCCCAAGGGUUCUGGCACCUUAUGAUGUACUUUGUAAAAAAAUUGAUUGAAGAUUUUAAAUAAACAGGAAAUUAGAAGUCUUUGUUAGGGUUAGAUAAAGGAAAAGUGAAAAAGCAUAAGAAAUUUGGGGCAUUUUCAUGUUGAAAGGAGAAAAAGCACAAGUUCCCUAGUUACCAUUUAAUACCAGGGUGCAAGAGCCAUAAUUACUUACAACUAGCUAUGAUCUUUAAAAAUGUUUUUAAAACUCUCUGAGUCUCAGUGACUUCAUUUGUAAAUGAGAGUGAUUCAUCUAGAUGACUCUAAGGGCCCUUUCAGGUCCCAGGGGACAUGAUCUAAGUUAGGAGUGGGAACAUGGGAGUGGCUGCUUCUCCUUGGCUAAGCCCAUGCCGACUAUUGUGUCCAGGACUGGAAUAAAGGUCCUAUUUGCUGCAUCACCCGGGCAACACUCCCAGCCUUACUCAGGAGUAGUGAACAUUUUCUGCUCUGGACAUAGAAUAGGUAGGGUCAUUCCUGUGCUUUUCACUUUAGAUUCUCUUUAGGUUCAAGACGCAAAUUUCUCAAUUUGGACACACCUGAAUCACGUUGGUCAAAUUUUGCUGCCUGUUUCUAGGGUUUUCUUCUCAAUUUCAUCCCUGCCUUCCCUUUGUUGUUGUUGUUUUUUUUGGUUCAAGGCCCAGCUUCAGUUAGUCCCUUCAUCUCUAUGCCAUGUCUCCAAUUCCUAGUAUGUAACUAGAGGUUCAAGAGACCCCAGAUUCCUGCCAUUUUCCCCAUUUAUGUUUCCCCAUGUGAAUCUUCAGGAAGUAACCAGUUUUCCUUCUCACUUCAUUUCCUGUCCUCUGUUUCUUUGGUUGUUUUCUUCCAUUAAUAAACUAACCAUCCCUUAGCUACUUACAUUCAGAAAUGUAAUUUUAAUGUAUUGUGUUUUAUUGUGAAAGAGAAUCUCAUUGAAGGAAGGAAGGGCGAAAUUGAGGAAUAAAGGUAGGAAGGGAGAGAAACAAAGACUAUCCAACCAAUUGACUGAGAUGUGAGCCGCCUUGACCCCCUGGAGACUAAGUAGAUCCGUUCAGCUGGAACACUGAGUUCCAGGGCAGAAUCUGUCCAUUUUCUGUUUUGUUCUUACUUGCUGCUUUUGGAAUGGUGGUAAAGCCACCAAUCACCAUGACCCUUUAAAGGACCUUCACUAAUGAGGACUUGACUCACCCUCUUUAAAAAGCAAAAGAAACAGAAUUUACUUACAAUCUUCUGGUAAAUUACCUUUCUGCUCCUCUCCUUAUUCCCAAAAGGCACAUUUUUUAAUCCAGCAGAGAUGAUUUAGCAUAUAAAUCCCAGGUCAUUUGAGGAGGUGAUGACGCUAUUUGGAUUUAUUUAUGAGAGAGUAGUAAUUAUAAAUGAAUCCUAGGCAGUUUUUACUAGUUUGGUCAUAUUGGUUGUUUAAGUGGAGUCUCUUCUGAUUGGUUGUUUCCAAUAAAGUAUCAGUUGUUAAUAAUUUCAAGAUUUCCAUAAAAAUAAGGAAACUUGGAAAACAUUUUUAAUUUUAUUUCUUAAGAGACCACAGAGCUUAAUUUUCAAUUUUUAUGGUAAGCUUGCUUAAAACAUGUAUAAAAAGAAGCCCAUGUGCUCAAAGGCAGAGGCACCUUUAGCCCUACAACAGUUGGAAGCUCCAUGAUAUCACAGCCCCACAUGGAUAGAUUGGAGAAAGAAUUCUGACUUAGACCACCUGUAGCAGACCUUCCUCUUUUGGCAUAUUUUUUUUUUAUCACAAAAAGGACCUGAGAAUCCUUAUCUAAAGAUAAGCCAAACUUGGGGUAUACAUUAAGAAUCUGCGAAGAAAGAAAAAAAAGAAAAAGAUAUAAUAAGCAGUAUUUUAAAAUACCAUGAGUUAUGGGCAUGCAUAUGGUACAAAGAGUAGUUCUUUGGGUUGAAAGAAAGAAGAGUUUGCAUUGAACUGCAUAGGCUGGCAAGAAUGCAGAGGCAUAUAAUGUUUGAUGGGCUUUGGAGGCAUUUCAAUAGUAAAUGGGUGACAGGACUGGAAAGAUGUGGAAUAUGAGGGUUUUCCAGGGAGAUGGGACUUAAUGGGCCAUGAUGUAUUUGUAGGAAUGUGAUUUCAAUAGAUUGACUAUUUUGUCAACUGUGAUAAGUUUGUGUAGGGGAACUGAGGAAAACUGAGAUGGGACUUCAUGGAAGGGGCUACAAAGUACAGUCUAAAGGCCUAGAUAAAAGUUUGAAACUUGAUUUAGAAAGUCAUGAAAAGCCACUAAGAGUUUUAAGCAAAGAGUGAUGGGGCAGCAAUGGCUGUGCAUUUUUCAGGUUGAAAGUAGUGAGAUGUCAGUUCUUCCUGGAAGAUAUCAUGCGAAUGCACACAAAACUGAACAUUUUCUCAGCAGCAAGGAGUGCUAAAGGGUGCACACUCCAAGUCAACAACUCAUCGUAUGCAGCACCUCCCUUCCUCACACAUUUUGCUUUGCUUUCUGUCACAGGACCAUCAGACGUAGAACGUCCUGACUCUCCUGAAUUACUAGAAUAUCAGCAACAAACUCACAAAGUAGAUUAGAGGGUAGGAAUAGAUACAUAAAUUUUUAAAAACCUUCCAAUCAUACUAUUUUCUAGACAGUAAUAUAAUAAGAACAUGAGGCAGGACAUCCACAAAUUGUAGGGAAUAAUUAAUAGUCCAGAACUGCCAAAUAGGAAUUCCCAUUAUGAAAACACCCUUGCAGCUAAUCAGGUAGCCCUUGUUUAGAAACCAGUUAGACUCAUAAAAUAUUUGUAAAAGGAGUGGGUGGGGGAGAAAUGAGCACAAUAUAGGUUCUGCCAUCAAUCAGCUUAUAAUACAACAAAGAAAGAAAACAUGCUCAAAGAGCCAUUAGAGAAAGGGUGAGCCCUAACCACAUAGUUUCACAUUCAAUAUGGUAGGGGUUGAAACAAGGGAGAAAUGCUGUGGUUUGAAGUGGUUCAGCAAGGUAGGAUUUCUAGAGAAAGGGAGGUUUAGGAGUUAGAUAAGUAGAGGAUCAGCAUUCUAGGUAUGAAGGCAGGAUUAUCUGGCAUGUGGCAGCGUGAAUGAUGUUAAUCAGUAACUGCUAAUUGAUAUUUACUGAGCAGCCGCUGUGUCCUUACGAAGGUAAGACUAUUAGAGGAAGGCAGCCCACCUGCCUAACUGGGAACACAAGGCACACAUAUAUUGGAAAGAUCAUGUUGCACAAAACAGGUGUUCAAUAAAUAAUUUUUGAAUAAAAGUGAACACUGAAUAGUAAAUAAAUGUUAUGGAUUGUAAUAGUUGUAGAAGAUUGGUUGGGAUUGUAGGGACUGGAUGUGGGGCAACGGCUGUGGGUCUAGAGUAUAUUCAUUGUGCAGUGGACACACACCUAAUCUGUCCUCAAGGACAGAACCAUGUGGAGGAAUAGGAAAACAAGAGAAGCAGGCAAGAAGCGGAGGCAGUGAGUACAGCAGCUAAGAAAUGUUACAUUGGGUUCAUCCAGAGCAAGAAAAAUGGAGAGCUGUCCGUGAGGGAAGGCCACACAAGCAAGAGGAGUCAGACAGGGGAGUAAAGGAGUGGGCUACAACAGGCCCUGCAGAUGUGGAAGCCAGACCCACAGAGGCACUUAGAAAGUGAGGAUCCUGGAUGAAUUAUUUUAGGAAGAAAGUGUAGGUUUAGAUCAGCUGGCAGAUGUGUUUGUGGGCUACAGCCAUAUUUUUCAGGACUAAAAAGGAGCAAAAUAAGUAGAUCUUCUUGGGACAAGAGAUCUAGGGUACUCCAGAACCAGGGAAAUGAGAAACAAGAAGGGAAUUUUAAGAAAGAGAGGGCAGAUCAUCUAUGAGGUUGGAGAUGAAAGAUGUUGGAGAUGGUGAGGCAGAAGUCAAAGACUCACUCAAAGGGCAGGAACUCUGCUUAGGUGUCCAUAUUCCCAGAGCUUGUCAUGAGGUCUGGCCCAGGUGGGCAGUCACUCGGGCCACUAUGUGUCACUGUGGCUGCCAUGGUGGAUGGAGGCUGGACAGGACGUGUGGUGAUUGGCAGUCUUUCUGGAGGACUCACCAGGGAGGGGUCUCAGGUGGGCAUCUCCUUUCACCUUCCUGUGCAUGUCACUGCACUGUUCUUCUUCCCUCCCUGAACAGCACACACACUGCACCCUUAGUUUCAGGGGUCUGAAAACAAAUGCUACAACCACCUUGCUUUGGUGGCUUUUCCGAACAGGCAUUGUGAGAAGAGAUGUUCUGGCCAGGUGAAAGUGGACUUUAUCUUUAGGUAGGUUUUUCAGUUAAGAAAGGUUUCCUUUGCUUAUCCGUUGAGGACUUCUGUGCUGCUGCUUCUCCUCCAUCUUGCUAGUUAACAGAACAGAGGCGGAAGUGACACCAAUGCUCUCGGCCAUGCCUGCCUUGGGAAGCACUACCGGGCCCCACUGUUUAGCAUCUUAGAUGGAAAUGUACACAAGGCACUGACACACGUCUGCAGGAGUGACCCAGUGCUUCCCUCCCAUGGGACUCAGGGUCAGUGUGGGAAGGCAGCUGGCAGGGACAGGAGCCCCGCCUGCAAGGUGGACCGAGCCUCACUUCCACACAAAACCAGAGUCCCAUCUGCCCCAGAGUGCUCGCUCUCCUCCCCUUCCUUCCACUCAAUGCAGCCUGACACGCCUUUGACCAGAACUGCAACAUUUCAAACAUAAACCCGGAUCUGUUGGGAAAUCCUAAUUAAAAAACGUUCCAUUCCCAGGUGGCACAAUCACAUCCUGCCUAAAACUUCUGGCCCACAUCCCACCACCCAGAUGUUGAAAAGAAACCUUUCUCUGCUUAACACCAAAGCCCUGCACUUCAAGGUUUCUUUAGGGGACAAAGAAAAAAAAGUACACACAUGCAGAGUUCAGCCUACAUGUUCAUUGAGGAAAAAGAGCGUGGCUUAUUCAUCUUUCAAUCUUUUGAUUGUUGGCAUUAUGAUUAUGAUUAUGAUUAAUUACUCUGACCUGACAGGAAUUGAAGAAGAGAAUAUAUGCUGGUGCUCUGAAAUGAUCUACCCAACUCUGUCAUCUGUAACAACCAGUGAUAACUCUCUUGUCUUGUAAAAAGGGUUUGUACAUAACUUGUACAUGGUUUCAUUUUGUAUUUUUCGCAGAUUAAAAAUUUAUGUAUUUGUGUUCUAAAA